CAACUCCCAUAUUCAUUAGAGCAGCGAUGCUAAUAUGGCUGCCUCCUGUGUUGCAGUAAGUGAGCUGCUACACAAUAUAAAACAAAUAUCAGCGUUGUAUCCAAAGGCUUCAUAUACAGUGAGGGCUGUAAGCACCUCAAGCUCACAGUGCGACGGUCAGCUCCAGCGGAGAGCAGGAAGUGCUCCCCAGCAUCUGGUCGGAGUGGUGGGUUUGGAAAUUCACGCUCAGAUUAACUCCAGCACCAAGCUGUUCUCUGGCUCUCCGGUUCGGUUCGCAGCUCCUCCAAACUCCCUGGUGUCAUUCUUCGAUGCAUCCUUACCUGGCACGUUACCUGUGCUGAACAAGCGCUGUGUCGAAGCAGCAGUGAUGACAGGACUGGCUCUCAAGUGCGCCAUAAAUAGGAAGUCGCUUUUUGACAGGAAACACUACUUUUACGCUGACCUCCCUGCUGGAUACCAGAUCACUCAGCAACGUCGGCCACUCGCAGUAGAUGGCAUGCUUACUUACAGCCUCCUUGGAGGGAAAAAGAGGAACCAGGUGAUGAGAAAAAAUGUGCACAUCAAACAGAUUCAGCUGGAACAGGACAGCGGCAAGAGUCUCCAUGAUGACGUCCGCAGCCAGACACUCAUAGACCUCAACAGAGCAGGUGUAGGUCUGAUGGAGCUGGUGAUGGAGCCAGACAUGAGCUGUGGUGAGGAGGCUGCUGCAGCUGUCAAAGAGCUGCAGCUCAUUCUGCAAGCCCUAGGCACCUGUCAAGGCAACAUGUCUGAGGGGCAGCUGAGAGUGGAUGCCAACGUCUCAGUACACAGACCUGGAGAGCCACUGGGCGUCAGGACAGAGGUGAAGAACAUCAACAGCAUUCGAUACCUUGCCAGAGCUAUAGACUAUGAGAUCCAGAGACAGAUUGAUGUCCUGCAGAGAGGGGGGACGGUGCAAAACGAGACCCGGGCGUAUGAUUCCAAAUCGGGGGAGACUGUACCUAUGAGGGACAAAGAGGGUCUUCAGGACUACAGGUUUAUGCCAGAGCCCAACCUGCCCCCUCUGAUUGUGUACGAGGAUAACGCAUCGCUGCCUGCUGGCACUGAUGCGUGCCAGGUGGUGGUGGUGCAGAAGAUAAAGGAAGGGCUGCCGGAGCUACCAAGUGUCAAAAGAGACAGGCUGGUGCAAACAUACGGCAUCCUACCCGAACACAGCUUCACUCUGAUGACUGAAGAUGGGUUGGUGGACUACUUUGAGGCUGUGUUAAAGGCGACCAAGAAGGAGCCGAGGAAGGUGAUUGGCUGGGUAACAAAUGAGCUGCUAGGUCACCUCAAACAGCAAGACAUGAGUGUGUGCCAGAGCCCAAUCUCUCCUUCUGCCCUGGCGGAGCUGCUGGAGCUCCAGGAAACAGGACACAUCUCCUCUUCAGUUGCCAAGCAGGUGUUCCAGGAGAUGUGGAGGUCACCAGGCAAGACAGCCCUGCAGAUCACCCAAGAGCAGGACUUGGGGCUCGUUAGUGACACCACACAGCUGCACAGCAUCUGCCAGAAGGUGGUGGACUCGCAUCCAGAUGAGGUUCACGCAAUCAGAAAUGGGAACAAAAAAGUUCUGAACAAGCUGAUGGGCCUGGUUCAGAAAGAGACCAAAGGCAGAGCUGAUCCAGUUCUGGUGAGGGCAAUUCUACAGAAGAAGACCUCAUGAAGAUCACGCUGUAGAGUGAGACACAAACUGAGAGCAGUCUGACAAUAAGACAGUAAUGUUUAAAAAAUAAAUAAAAACUAUACUUGAUCGAGUUAAAUUAGGCCACAGUCCUUAUUUUUUGAGGUUGACAUUUUGUAAAUACUGCAAACUAUUCUGGUCUGUGUUUAUUUGUUUGAGAAGUA